CAGCGGCGGCGCUCCGAAGCGACGUGUCACGCGAGCACAGGUUGAAUAUUGCUGUCGUCUGCGUCUCUUCGCGGCAUUCAGUUGACCGCCUUUUGCAAUGGCUUCCAUUUCCGUGUGCAUAUGUGAUAUAGUGAGAAAUUAUGUUCGUCGCUGACAGCCGUUAUCUCAUCGAUAAACAUUGCUGGGCUCACUCUCACCAACGUAUGUUUGGAUGUGUGGAACGAAGUGCGGAAUCGACACCCUUGAGAGCAUCUCAUCAUGAAGCAUCCAGGCAACACUGGAGCGGCUAUUAGUGUAAAGGGGGCGCACAGAAAACAUUCCGCUCAAUUUAACGACAGCGAAACAUAGUCUCACAACCCUCGUAUUCCGCUUUAGCUCGACGUGGUAUCACGUUUGAUUACCCUGUAUAAAAGCUGGUAGAGCGCGAAAGCCCCAAGGGCGCAAUUUAAAAUUCGUAUUAUAACGAAUGACGUUUUAUGCGGGAUAUUCGUGAUAGACGCGCUGCGUGAGCCUUCAUCGCACAUCAGGGUACUUUUAAUAGCGGAAGUAAAUUGAUAAGCGGUACAUUUUUUGAUACUAGUACACUACGUGCAAACUAGAGUGAGAUUUUUACGACAAACGAUCUAAUCGGAUUUCAAACCGUGAGGGAUUUACCAGCGGUCCAGCAGAUGCGUAGAUACUACGUACGUGAUAUUCAGAGCAACGACAGAAACAUAUCGUUUAAUGGGAGCUUCGACUUAAGGAACUGUAGUAUAUUCUUUGGAAGCGUUUGUACUCAACAGUUUACUCCGAAUUUACGUGACGUAGAUCAGAGCUCAAUAAAAGAUUUUUUUAUUCUUAAGCUUGAGCUAACCCAAAGGAAAGCUCGAAGCGUCCUCAAGCUGUAAAGUAUUCCAAAGUGUACUUUAAUAUACCCUGUACUAAAAAGAGAGGAAUCCCAAAAGAAAGCUUAAGGGCGGCAUAAGGAAAGCUUAAGGGCGUCAUAAGGAAUCCUUAAGGUGCGUCAAAGGAGGUGUUAGGCGCUUAUACUCACUCUUUGUAUGAAAUAUGCGUAAUGCAAAUUCCGCAAAAAAAAGUUGCAAAUUUGUGACGUAACAUAACUCCAAGUAGAGCUUGAAUAGUCCUCCAGUUAAGGGCCAAGCAUUCCAAAGCCUACUUAAGUAUGCGUUACUGGAAUCGCAUUCUAUAAGCAUUUAUGGUUUGCCACAAUAAAAGUUAAGGUGCGCGUAAGGAUGGACGCAUGGUGGGUGGCCUUAGUGCUUAUCGGGUUCAGUUCUCUCGUGGCGGUAGUCCUCUUGAGCAUGUGUAGGUUCUUCGGUGCCUGCAACUGGUUCAGAGCGUGGAUCUUUGGAACAAAGGAAGAGACUGUACAGCUCACGAAAGCAGCUCAUUUCACAGCGGAUGGCUAUGCGAUGAGCUCUGAAUCAGACGUCGACAUCCGUGUGUCAGGCCAGUACACCCACUUCGACAUGGUCAACAGCGAUGUCAAGUUCCUGAACGAGCUUCGCACUUCGGCUGUCGUUGAGCUCCAGCCGCCACCAGCAGACCGGCGGAGGUUCUCCAUGCCCCCAGCACCGACGAGCACCGGCAUUACACCGCUAGCACCGCCGCCUGGUAGUAAACGGAGAAGGAUGUCCUUCGGAGGUGACAACGGGGACUUACCCGACGUUCUAAGUAUGGACAGCAGCCGCCUCCAGCGGACGACGUCUUGCGACAGCGUCAGCUCAGACACGUCGGUUGUUUUAGAAGCACUCGAGUCUCCCAACAUCAACGGAGAAUUGGACGUUGGACUGGAAUACGACCAUGAUACGGAAGACCUGAUCGUGACGAUACUGAAAGGACGUGACCUUGUAGGACCGGAUCCAUCAGUGCCUGUGGACAGCUACAUUCGACUCUACUUGCUUCCAGACAAGUCCACCAACAUCCAGACCAGGGUGCACAAACGUGACAACUGUCCCCAGUACAAAGAACGCUUUCUGUUCGGGGUGGAUCGUCGAGAAUUGGGUCAAAGAAGCCUCCUGUUCUGUGUCUACAUGGAAGACAAGUUCGGCAGCGGCUCCAUCGGAGAGGCCGAAAUUAAACUCAUCGAAUUGGAUCUCUCACAUCCCACCACGCUCACAAUACCCGUCAUUGAUUCGGCCCUGAAACCCACCGACUUGGGAGAGAUGAUGUUCUCCUUGAGCUACCUCCCGACGGCGGAGCGUCUAACAGUAGUAGUCGUCAAGGCGAGGAACCUCAAGAACUACAGUCCUAACUUUAGUCCAUUUGUGAAGGUGUACCUGGUGCAGAAUGGCAAGAAGAUUAGUAAGAAGAAGACAUCUAUUAAGAGGUGUGACGUCAACCCCAUUUUCAACGAGGCCAUGAUAUUUUCCGUGCCCGCAAACAACCUCAAGCUCAUCCAGUUGAGGAUCACAGUGGCGGAUUACCAGGGCGAGGGCAAGACCACAUCUGUAGGCCACGUCAUCGUCGGAUCUCAAUGCACGGGAAAGAGCCUGUCCCAUUGGACACAGAUGAUGUCUUCGCUAAGAAAACCCAUUGCCAUGUGGCAUCCACUCCGGAACUAACUGUGUCCUCUUGGUGUGUUUUUAAACUCGACUUGUUUCCAAAACUGAUCGAUGUUCCUCCGAUGCCUUAUACCACGUGACAUACACAAUGGGUGACUUCCUGUCGAGAUGACGUAAGGGCACGUCACGAGCAUUUACGCUUCCGGUCCCAAGUUCUGCUGGAGUCGUACAUAGCGUCAGCGUGAUUUCAACGUCAAAACCAGCGGAUGUCGAGAGGGGGAAUCACUUCUUCAGAAAUCUAUGGGCGAUUUUCGUUCGCACAAGACCCCUGAAUGCUCUAAACUAUCAUCAUAAGAUUGGUACUGGCGUGUCCUCUUAGCUUUUCUCUAGUCAAUGACGUAUUUUUUAGGGAACAAGGUUGAGCCGUUGAUUUUUAAUAAAUUAAAGUUGUAUGUAUGCUUCCGCGCAUGCUGCUCUGAAGAAGACAUCAGGUCGCAAAAUCCGCACUGGAACUUCCCUGCGUCCUCUAUGAUGCAGCCGAGACGAGCAGCAGCAAACGCAGACGACCGUAGAUUUCAAUGCAGACGACAGCUCUGACGUCACUACCCUUAGCUACUCCCGUAUGAUAGGGAGUAGAGCCAGUCGAUCUCGAUAGCUACUCUCGAGUAGGCGACCCCCUGGAACGAGGGUCGUGACGUCACCGAGUAGGUUUUGGAACGCAAAGAGUAGCUACUCCCUACUCUCGGGUAGACACGGAUAAGUUCUUAUCUGCAGCCGAAAUCUUAACUUUGUCAUAAGAAAAGUACCUGCCAGGUAUUUGUUAAAGUAUACCUUACGUCUUUGGGGGGCAGGCGAACUCAUCGUGGUUGUCGUUUAAAGCCAGGGAUUAGAAAGGUUUUGCUUUGAUCCAAAUGAGCGAAAUUUCGGACCGGAAGUUCGAAGACACAGCAUGCGUUGCGCCCCUUCUAAACUCGAAAACCACCCGUAGUGUCAUGUCACACGCACUUCCAAACUCUGUCCGUUUGAUUGCCGGCCAUAAGACGCUGGUCGUGCUAGUCGGCGUUUCACACAAAACUGUUGGAAAGCAACCUUACGUUUUCAUCUUCUGGUGGCGGCAGCCAUGUUACGGGAAUCAUUGUUGCUAGACACAAAAGGUGUAUGCCCAACGGCAUCGGAUCUUCAAAGGAUGAAGGAAGUGUUUUUUUUUUUUUUUUCUGCCUUUGUGUAAUUUUCGUGGAACUACAGUACGCGUAAAGACGCAGGCGAACCUACUGUUUGGCUCAACGUGAACAACUGCUCAAGAUUACGGUAGUUAGGCUCCCUGUUCACAUAUCAAAAGCGGUGGCACAAGUGCUUCCUUACGGGGAACAUUGAUCGAGUUACUUUUCCAUGCACAUGUCUCUUUUAAGGUCUGCAAGGCAUACAUGUUUGCUUGUUUCAGCUCGGGAUUUUCCCCAAGAUAAUUUGCAAGAUUUUCGGAGCUCGCGGAGUCGAUAAAAAUGUUGCGCUGAACUCGGCAACUUUCUUGCCCAUAAAAGAUGAAAAGAAAGGAACCAUUCGGAUUGUUUGCCCGCUUUCGCGUUUUUUUAUUUUGUUUAUUUUGUUUGUUAAAGAUUUCAAGCCCGUCAAAGUUACGAGACGCACGACCUCAUCUCUGUCCGACUUGUGCCAAGUCGUCACUCCGUACUGCAUCCGUGGUGCCCCUAAAGCAUGUGUGACAUGUCUACAAACAGGGUGUUUUUUCUUCUCUCAUCAACGCUAUGAGAGUAGCGUAGAUGUCGUUUCUGUAGCUCAUUCUCUUCAGGCGGACAUUAUUUCGAAAAGAGUACAUAGAUACUUAUUGUAGGACUGAUUACCUAAAAUUCAUUAAUUACCUCUUUAAUUAUGGGUUUGCGUGAAAAAGCUAGAUAGCAGACUGGGAGACAGUCCACGUGGAAAGCGCUUCUACUUAUAUAGAGAUCUUGAAACGAGAACUUGCGAUCCAUCGUCAGUAUGCAAAUGAGCCAGAGCGAAAACCGCGCGCCACUUUCGUUGUGGUGGCGGUUAGAGUCACUAAAUAGGGGUACAGAGUAUCGCAUUCCUUUUCCGCGCCGGAGCCGCCGUUCGGUGUCCGCGAUGGGACCGGUCGUGUCACGUGGUUUCUCCUUCCAAGAACGGGGCGUCCAUGUUGAGUCCCGUCCAUCUAAAAACAAUGUUUCCUCGGUCGCGAGCUGGCUCGCCUGCGCGCUGUUCCCUGAGGGAGAAGGAGGAGAUUGGCGUCCCGUCGCUAGGCGGCGCAGGGGCGCCGGACCCAAGAUGGCGGUCUCGCUCGUCGGCGUGGCUCAGUGGCGCCACUCUGCUCCCUGUUUGGUGACUCUAGUGACGGUGAAAGGUCUCGCCGUUGCCGGCCUCACAGAGGUGGGCAACGUUACGACUAGCGCCCUGGGGAAAUGUUCGUCCUGGGCCGACUUCUAAGGGAACUGUGACGACAUGUGUCUGAAAGCGUCCGAGGAAAAUCCGGGAAAAAAAACCCAGACAGCACAGCCGGCACCGGGAUUCGAACCCGGGUACUUUCGUCGUCGUCGUCCCAUCUGGUAUCUGGCCAGCAGAUCAGUACCUACUCCAAUCAUCUCCUUCGCUCAAAAGCACGUGACCCUCUGACGUGGAAUGAGUGCUGUCCUCCCUGUGCUUCUGAUGCGCACGGUUUCGGUUUCAGUUAAUUUCUACAGCGAAAUUCGGCUGUCGAUAUUUCAACGCACGUACUUGUUUCAGGAUUUUUUAAAACGUAGAAAUCCUUUCAACGAGGAUUGUCUCCCGUACUGCUAUCCCGCUUUCGCCCAAAAUGCCCUAAUUAAAGAGUUAAUGAGUUUUAGGUAAAUGGUCAUACAGUAUAGAUGCAUACUCUCUGACAAAACGCCCGCCUUGCCGUAUAAUCCAAUUGCAGACACGGUAUCCCUGCUGCUCUCGUAGCUUCUAUUAUUUAAAAAAUCUGUAAAGAAUGUGAAAAAAGAAAACACCCUGUAUAUUUGGAUUGUGUAAGCGCACAUUCUGUACGUCCAAGUCUCUUUUGUCCCAUGUUUUGUUGAUAAACAGACAAACAUCAAGCGCUCUGA